GAACUUGAAGAAAAUCUGCCAUGGGCCGCCUUCUCUGAAGGAGAUCAGCUUGGAGAACCUGAGGGUCCUGGAUAUUUACAAUUGUAAUAUGUUGAUUCCAAUCCUUCCAGUGAAUAUCGCACAAGGUCUCGUACAGCUAGAAGAGCUAAGAAUUUGGUACAACUCCGGUGCAGAGGAAAUAAUAGGGCAGGAUGAUGAUGAUGAUGACAAAGGAAAACAAGGCGGAGAAGAAGACUUCGGUCCUGCUUCCCAAUCUAAGGAGACUACGUAUUGGAGAUUGUUCCCGUUUGAAGCAUAUCUUUCAAAUGAUUAUGGUGGCUGAUCAAGGUCUCUCACAACUAGAAGAAAUUAAAAUUUAUGACUGCCCUGCUUUAGAGGAAAUAUUUAUGAAGAGUAAUGAUGAUGGAGAAAACAAGAGCAGCAAGGUGGUGCUUCCUCGAUUAAGGGUUCUACAAUUGAUCGAGUUGCCAAACUUCUCGGGGGUAUGCCGAGGGGUGGGAUCAGUACUCCAUAAUUAUUUCCCUGCCUGUGAAAGAUUGUCCAUUUACGGGUGCCCCAAUUUGAAAAGGCUCCCUGUCGUCGUAAGUCCAGCAAGGAGCAGCACACCAAGACUAAGGGGGAUCGAAACAGAAGAAACAUGGUUCAAUGAUUUGGAGUGGAAUGAACCAAUUAGUGACGAGCUGCACCUUCAAGAAAGGGUGAAGGUUGAAUUUUUAAGCAGACGCCCGGCAUGGUUCUCUUAGCUAGGAAAGCUGUAGAUUCGGGAGUUGCAACAGAGAGGUUGUUAAGCCAUGUA